AUGAGUAAUGAGACAGAUACUGAUUCUGAAAGGAAAUUAGUUGAUAUAGACAUCAGUCAGGCAGAUAACAGCGGAAACUACACGGAUGAUCGUCAGAAUAUCAUAAAUUUUACCAAGGUUGAUGAUAGACCUACUAAAAGUUACAAGAGAUACACUCACACCCCUGCAACAAAAUCACAUUAUAUUGAUGGAAUAUAUUACGGUAGAGUAAAACAGGGUAGUAUACAAGUAGAUGAUGGGGGUCGCUACGAAAAAAAAGUAACCGUAUACUAUCUAGAGUAUGAUGAGAGUAAUGCACUUCCCCUGAUAGUGGGACUUGAAAAGACCAGUGGGCAUGACAAGUAUAUUUACUAUACAAGAAUCAAUCUUUCAACUUCCAGCAGAUGGAAAGAAGAAGAUCAUACCAGUAUCACUGAAGAAUACAAACUCUCUUCAAUACUCCCAGGAAUUGGUGAAAAGGUAAAGGGCCUCGUAGUACUAAAUCUCAGUCAAACUAGGGACACUUACCAUGCUAAUGGAGAUCCUAACAAAGCUCCAGAUAUAAAUGCAGAUGUUAAGAUACAAGUCACCGGACCCUUUCCAGAAACCACCAAUAAACUUUAUGAAAAGUUCAAGCAUGCUCCUACCGGAGGAAUAUCUUCAAUGAGACUCCUUUCCACAAAGAAGGGUGGCACUAGUAUAGCAUUUGAAGAUCCUAGGAUAUAUAUCACACCAUACAAUGAAGCUUAUAUCUACUUCUGGACUGGGGAUAAUAGUCACAGAAAUCCCCUUUUACUUGAGCUUAAGUCAACGUCAAAUACCCCCUCAUACUAUACACUUAAGUCUGAUGGGAUAGGGGUAGAUACCAAAUGGAAGACAGAAUCUGGUAUACAAGAUAAUAAUCUCAAGAAGGAACUUGAUAAACUAAACUGCAAGUGGAAUGAUGCCCAUAUCGUAAAAAUCGCAGAGAAGCCUAGUUCCAGUCCUAGUUACUACGACUGUCCUGGUUGUGGUUCUAAGCCGGUUACAGUAACCAAUAAUGAAACCAACGAUUAUUCCUACUAUGCUCAUCACAUUCUUGGCGGUUAUUUUCGCAUAUUCAAGGAUAAGGAAACGGAACAAACAGGAAUAACACUUACUGGUAUAACAUCUACUAGUACAACACUUACUGGAACAAGAUCUACUGUGUACGUUUACUGGUAUCCAAAAGGAUCAGAAGGAAUCCCACUCUUAAUUUAUCUCCAAGAGCCAUUAAACAAGUGGUUUGAAAGGGAAUCACUAGGAUCUAAUAGGUGGACGCCAGUCUCUAGUAACCUACCCAGUGAUUACAAGGAUGACCAAAAAAUACUAGGGCAUCUAAAGGCUAUAUUACCGACUGUUAGUAUAAAUAUUGGACAUGCAGAUGGUCUUGAGGCAAGUGAAAGUUCUACCACAUAUCCUGAUCCUUCUGGAGAUGGUAGGGGUAAAGCGAUUAAAGCUACCAGAAAGGAUAUAGAGGAACCUGAGAAAAGUACAAAGUACGUUAGUAUUUCUCAUUGCGUAGAUAAUAAAUCUUAUUUUAUGGUUAAACAGGUUACAGAUAGUAGUAAUUCCCCUCUCCCUAACAUACCACCAAACCAAGUUGUUAAAAGAAUAAUAGCAUAUUAUUAUGGUACUGAUUUCAAACCUGAGAAGCUUCUAACGGUUGGAUUUGAGAAAAGAGGUACUGAUAGUAAUAACUAUGAAUAUUAUAGUAGGGGAAGUAGAGACUCUAGUUGGACACUGGAUGCAGGGCAGAAUACUGAACUAGACGGUAACAGACUUACCGCUCAACUCAAGGAGUUAAAAGAGAAGCUUGAGGGUAAACAAGAGAGAGAAACUCAAGAGAAUGGUGGAGGAUCAGGCCCUACUGCUGGUAGUAGACCUGAAGAACAUGGUGCUGCUACUGGUGGAGAUCAUGGACCUGAAACUAAAACUCAAAAUGGAGCGUAUAACUCUGUUAUUAACGGUAUACAGGAAAUCGUUCAGAAAGCAACAGACUUCUUUAAAUCACAAAAUGGUAUAAUUACUGCAGGCGCAGUUGGUGGAGGAAUAGGAACAGGUAUUCUUGGUUUUGGUACAUGGAAACUAUGGCCUAAAAUAAUGUCAUGUCUAAUCACUAAGGCACUAUAA